UUGCGCAUUGAUCGUGCGCGCUAGUGAUUACAAAAUGCCGUCGGAGUCUAAACCUUUGUUGACAACUCAACCAGAGAAACCAAAUCAUUAUUCAUCACUUUCUCGUAGAUAUUUGAAGGAAUUCCGCGUCGAGCAAUGCCCGCUUUUCUUACAACACAAAUGUACACAGCAUCGUCCAUUCACAUGUUUUCAUUGGCAUUUUAUGAAUCAAAGGAGAAGAAGGCCUGUCCGAAGAAGAGAUGGCACAUUUAAUUAUAGCGCCGACAAUUAUUGCACAAAAUACGACGAAACGACGGGAAUUUGUCCUGAUGGAGAUGACUGUCCUUAUCUGCAUCGCACAGCUGGAGAUACUGAAAGGCGAUAUCAUUUACGAUAUUACAAAACUUGUAUGUGCGUCCACGACACCGAUUCAAGAGGGUACUGUGUUAAAAACGGACUGCACUGCGCAUUUGCUCACGGCAUAAAUGACCAUCGGCCGCCGGUUUACGACAUUAAGGAAAUCCAAGCGCUCGAAGCGGCAGAAACGGAAGGCAACAAUGCAAACGGGCCAAACGCCUUGGAUAAGGAACGUAAUUUAAUGAACGAGGAUCCUAAGUGGCAAGAUACAAACUACGUGCUGGCCAAUUAUAAAACGGAACCGUGCAAACGACCGCCGCGAUUGUGUAGACAAGGCUACGCCUGCCCACAGUAUCACAAUAGCAAAGAUAAAAGGCGAAGUCCUCGGAAAUUUAAGUACAGGUCGACGCCGUGUCCGAACGUGAAGCACGGCGAAGAAUGGGGCGAGCCGGGCAAUUGCGACUCAGGCGACUCCUGCUCGUACUGUCACACGCGAACCGAGCAGCAAUUUCAUCCUGAAAUCUACAAAAGUACAAAGUGCAACGACGUUCAGCAGUCUGGGUACUGUCCGCGUGGCGUCUUCUGCGCAUUCGCACAUGUCGAACAGGAGAUGGGGGUUUCUAGAGAUAGCGCACCGUUAGACGGCGGCACGAAUCUUGCCGAAAUAUUAUCCAACGCUCUUCCUCAAUCGCUAGACAAAAAGGAAAAAAGUAGUGAAAGUUCGAAUGGAAGUGGAGAAGUGUCCGAGUCAGGUUCAAUGUCUUCAAUAGGUUCAAAUAGUAGUUCCCAUAAUAAGGCCCCCGGGUCGCAACUAACGCAUAAGUCUUUAUCUUACAGUAGGGCAAGUAAUUCGUUGGGAACGAGACGUGAAUUAACAAAGCAAUUAUUGGCUUUAGAUAACGAUAUAACGUUAGAUGCUUUGGAACGAGAGCAGCGGAAGCAAACGUUGUGUCUAGCGUAUACUGGAAUAGGACCUCCAGUCUCUUAUUUUAGUACCGGGAAUGAUACUGUUGAGAGUGUAGUUGGUAACGCCCUAGAUGAACUACAAUUAGAUGACGCAUUAAAUUUAUCGGCCCUCGACCGAGACCUGGAGUCGGAAUCCACAUCCGUAACGAACUCAAUAUCCGUAGGAUUGGCAUCAUCGGCGGGUCUAUUAGGCAGUUCGGCUCCCGUAAACAUCCCGGGCGCUAGAACGGGUUUAGUGGGCGGUUUCAGUCCGACGAGCAAUAGUCCCUUACUUCAAACGAAUUUCUUAACGCCCGCUCGAUUUUCCCAAUCCGACCAGAUGGACUCGUUUCUAAAUCACUCGCAAAUUCAAUUAAGUAAUAGUACGUCGAAGUUAAAUUCAUUCCAGAACUUCUUUGACUUCUCAUCUCAAAACAUUUCACCGAACAACUCUAGGAAUCACAACAACUUUAGCAUAUCUCCGAGUCUAAGUAGUAAUUUAGAAGUCGCAAGGUUAAGGGACGAACUGCAUAAUGCUCGUCUACAAAUUAGUAAUUGGGAGGAAAGACUGGUACAAGCGCGGACCGCGUGCGACGCGUGGCAGCGCGAGACGGAAGAGGCGAACCGAAAAGUACAAUUAGCCGAGACUAAAUUGAACGAAACGAUGACGCAGUUCGGCAGUCUCAAGCAGGAGUACGAGAAGCUGCAGGGCGGUCCUCAUCUACACAGUAUUACACAAGUUUCCGAGUUAAGUAAACUAUCGCUUAGCCUUUUAAAGAACAUACAUUCGCAACUUAGACAAGAUCUCGAAGAAAUUGAGAAAGUUUUAUACAGGGAAACGGCAUCGAAAUGCAUGGUUUGUGAGGAAAGAAAUAGGACGGUUACGUUAAAUUGUAAUCACUUUGUUUUGUGUAGCACAUGCGCUUUGACUCAAACCGAAUGUCCCUACUGUCAAACACCUGUAAAUUUGAGUAAUAAUAUUUGAGGUUAAGAUUCAUAGGUGGGCAUGCAAUAUUACUGUGAAAUUUUUCCAAUUUUGCAUUUUUAUGCUUAGUUUCAUUGUCAUCUGUGCGUUGUAAUUGCUACUUAUAUUGUUGACACAUUGAGCUUUAUUCUAAUCUACAUUGUACAAAUGUAAAACAUUGCGAAUGUGUUUUGUUUUUCAUUCAUAAUCUGACUGUCAUUUUCAAAGGUUGUUAAACAAUUUUUGAUUAGGAAUUGUGUGCUGUGACAACGAGACAUUCUGUAUAUUUUGUACCGUAGAAGAGCACAGAUAUAUUGCAUGCAUUAACAAAUUUUAUUACAAAAUAAUUAGGUUUAUAGAAUUCUGGCGAUUUUUUAAAAUUGUUUAUUUCGUUGUUAAUUAGUAAACAUCACUUUCAAAUUAUUUGGGAGUAACUCGCACCGAGGAUAAUUGGACUUGUGGCAGUUACAGUAGUUUUAAGUCUCGUGCGGGUUCCUCUAUCUGCAGGAUCUAUGUAUAUAUAUUGUGUUAUCGUGAUUAUUUUAAGCUAGGUUUAAAAAUAAACUGUUUUAAGGGAUCGCAUUAUAUUUUUCUUUAGGUUUUAGUUAGUAAAAUGAGUUAAUUUUGAAUAGACUGAAUUUUUUGCUGCACUAUAAACAUAUCAGUGUUAUUUAUUUUGGAGCAAAAGAACCUAUUUUUAUAUAUUGAUUAUUUUGUGAUAAUUUUCCACUCAUAAGUUAUGUACUAAUAAUAAUAAUAAUGGAAAAAAAGAAAGAUAGUCGUAAGUGCAGCGAGAAUUCGUCCUCGCAUUUGACCAUAAUUCAUUUCCUUUCUGUUGUAAUGGUGUUGGACGCUAAUUGACAGAUACUAAAAAAAGACAGUAACCAAAUUUUUUGCUUUGGGAACGAAAAAUCUGGACAUUUUUGACUUUUUUCAAUACACGCUAUACUUAUAACUUUAGCUAGUGAGUAAUGAAUUAAAUUGUAGCGUAUUAAACGUAGUGGGCCUAUAGUUAUUAUUCGUUCGUAGAGUGUACGUUUCGGUAAGUCGAGAGAUUGCACGUUUUUUCACGCAAUUCGGUGAUGGUGAUUGUGUGUAUUGUUGUGUACUGUUUCAAACAUUGUUAAUGCAGGUAUGUUUUUAGAUGAAUUUGCGAAACUUAAACAAAAUUCUCUUUUAUUAGCACUAUACUAUUUACGGGUACUAGGAAAUUGUUGCAAUUAUGUUAUCGCAAACUUUCGUCUUACUAAAAUUUCUAGAAUAUGUUUAAAAAUUGUCUUACCUAUUUGCCCCAUUACAUUGAAGUUUAUUAGACACUCGUUAUUCAUUUUGAUAGUUUAAAUUUUAAUUUAUGAUGUAAUUGUGUAAUUUAAAUAUAUAUAUUAUAUAUAUACUAUAUUAUAAUUAGAUCUCUUUUGUUUUCCUUUCUAUUGUUGGAGUCAUAGCAAACUACUUAUUUGCUAUCUUAUAAUCAAAAAAAGUAACUUUCGAUAUGAACUGUUGCAUGUAUUUAUUCAAUUGUUUUUACAACGCUGAUAUAGACAUGAAUCUAACUAUACAAGUACAAAAUAAAUUAAGUAAUUCAUUCUUGACAAAAUUUACGUACAGUUUUAUAUAUAUUAGUGUUUUUAAGAAGUUGAAUGCAUUUCUUUAAUUUUACGCAGAUUGUGUACCUUUCGAUUCAGUUUUUUCCUGUAUAAAUAAUCCGAAUCUGCGUACAAUUAAGAGGCAAAACAAUUUUGUAAUGUAAGUACAAAGGGUCGAGAUGAAAAGUAGUAUUUUGGCAAUAUAUGUGUUAUGUGGUGUAGAUUAAUAUUUUUAAACUUUAAAGAAACGGUUAAUUGUGAGUAUCGUAAGAAUUGUCGUUGGAUUAGAAAGUUAUGUACCGCUUUUAUAAUUUAUUUGUCUCUAUAAUAAAUUUCUCAAUUAAG